AUGAUGAACAAACUUUUCAAAAAACGAGUUGAUCAAAUUGAGAAAAUAUGUAAUGACCUGGAUAUUUCAUUCUCUUUAUAUAACAAGUCGGAAAUAUAUCAAGAUUUUUGUGAAUCUACAAAUAAUUCAAAUGUUACAAAUUCCUCGGAAUUAUCAUCGAUAAAUUCUAAAAAGGAAUUAACCAUAAUCAAUUCUAAAAUAUUGGAUUACAUGAACUCUAGUAUAACUGAUCCUAAUAAGAAAUCUUUUCAUCAAUUAGUACAACUUUCAAUAAGGCAUUUAGAUAAUUUUAUACAACUUAAAAUAUUAGUUAAUUCGAAGAGGCAUUUAAAUAAUUGUAAUGAAUUAGUUAAUCAAAUUAAAUCUUUUGCUGAACAACAUGAUGAAGAUCCCGCUAAAUUAUUUCAAAGUUUAUUAGAACAUCAAGAAAAAUCCGCUUUUGCUC